CGUUAGUAAGCACCUUGAAAGACUACGGAUGACGUGUGUGAAAGUGGGUGUGCCCACCAUUAUUUCACCGGCUAUCAAACGGGAAAGAUCUCUCCAUUUUUACUUUUUGAAAACUGUGUUAUUAGUAAAUUUUUCUUAAACAUAUUUAUUGCAAGUAUAUUUUCAUAUUUAUACUUCCUUGCAUAAACAAAAAUGUCACAACAAUAUUAUCCGUUCAAAUGUACCCCUACAGUAUAUCCUGCAGAACCAUUUGAUGCAAAUACAGAUGCUGCACUAUUACGUAAAGCAAUGAAAGGUUUUGGUACUGAUGAGAAAGCUAUUAUUGAUGUACUUACAAGAAGAGGAAUUGUUCAGCGAUUAGAAAUUGCUGAAGCAUAUAAAACUUUGUAUGGCAAAGAUUUGAUUAGUGAUUUGAAAAGUGAAUUAACAGGCAAAUUGGAAGAUGUUAUAAUUGCUCUUAUGACACCAUUACCACAUUAUUAUGCUAAAGAAUUACAUGAUGCAGUUAGUGGAUUAGGAACUGAUGAAGAAGCAAUUGUAGAAAUUUUGUGCACUUUGAGUAAUUAUGGUAUACGUACCAUUGCAGCAUUUUAUGAAAAUCUGUAUGGAAAAUCUCUUGAAAGUGAUUUAAAAGGAGACACUUCAGGACAUUUUAAGAGACUGUUAGUUUCUCUUGUUCAAGCAAAUAGAGAUGAAAAUCAAGGAAUAGAUCAAGCACAGGCUGUAGCAGAUGCUCAAGCACUUUAUGAAGUUGGUGAAAAACAAUGGGGUACAGAUGAAUCACAGUUUAAUGCUAUUUUAGUAACACGUAGUUACCAACAGUUAAGACAAACUUUUAUUGAAUAUGAAAAAAUAUCUGGUCAUGACCUUGAAGUUGCUAUUAAAAAGGAGUUUUCUGGAAGUAUUGAGAAAGGUCUUCUUGGAAUAGUGAAAUGCGUGAAAUCAAAAGUUGGUUUCUUUGCCGAACGAUUAUAUGCUAGUAUGCAUGGUAUUGGUACAAAAGAUCGAACAUUAAUUCGCAUUAUUGUUUCUCGAAGUGAAAUUGAUUUGGGUGAUAUUAAAAAAGCUUUUGAAGAACGUUAUGGAAAAUCACUAGAAAGCUGGAUUGCUGGUGAUACAUCUGGGGAUUACAAGAAAGCUUUACUCUCACUUGUUUCUACUUAAUUGAAAUAAAAUAUAAUCGAAUCUAAUGUCUUAAAGAUAUUCAUGACACAAAUGUAUGAUAAGUGUGAUUUCAGUAACUUCAAAUAAUAUGUUUGCAUAAAAUGCUUACACCAAUUUAUUAAUUACAUAUAUAAAUAUAAAAGAUCGUCCAUUUUAGUAUAUAUUUUAC